UGGUUGCGCGUUCGGGAACAAAUAAUUAAUUAAUUUUGCUGAAAAAUAUGGACUAAACGGCAAGAAUGUUCAUAUAACCACAUGCAAGUGUGUGCAGUUCUCUAUCGCGGCUCGGAAAAGAAAAUACGUUGCGUGGAGGCGCAGCAAAUGUGUGGCUAAAAAAGGCGAUGUGUAGUUAUGAUUUAGCAAAAACAACAAGAAAAGCAUCCAGAAAGCGCUAAUAAAAAAUACACACAUACAUAUAGCGAAGGUGAAAAUUAUAAAUUAAUAAAUGUGCGCUCUGAUAGCAUAUCAAAUUAGCGAAAUAUGCUUAAAUUUCGUGUUUCGAAGCAAUCAAAACUGUGAAUUGCAACAGAAAAUAAUUUCAAGGUUUGCAGCAGGCGAAUAGAAAGCAAAAAGGAACAACGAUACCAAAUAAUCCAACAAAGAAGACGCCACAGUUGCAGUACCACAAAUAUAAACCACACUUAACAUAUUCCCAAAAACGGAACAAACAACAAACCGAAACAACAACGAGAUGAAGUACUCAACUGGCACAACAGACAACGGGAUGUCCUGCGGCAUCGACAGCAACUCAAACUCCAACAGUGCAUUGAAUGACAUGCAGCCCACAACCUCCACACCCACACAGGCACACUCCCACAAGGAGGCCAUAUCUACGACAACGCCCGCGAAAACAGGCGAUGCACAGACCACCCAUACCAAUACAAAUACCAAUACCAUUGCCAACAGCAACUGCAAUUCCAAUCCCAAUCCCCAUAAGCCGCCGAACGCGCUGUUCUGUGAGCAGGUGACCACAGUGACAAAUCUCUUUGAGAAGUGGAACGACUGCGAGCGAACCGUCGUGAUGUACGCGCUGCUGAAGCGUCUGCGCUAUCCGAGCCUCAAGUUUCUUCAGUAUUCGAUCGACAACAAUUUGACACAGAAUCUGGGCACUUCGCAGACGAAUCUGAGCAGCGUGGUCAUCGACAUCAAUGCCAACAAUCCGGUCUACUUGCAGAACCUGCUGAAUGCAUACAAAACAUUUCAGCCGUGCGAUGUGCUGGAUGGCAUGUCCUCUUCCUCCUCCGACAAAGACUCGAUGCCGUGCUAUGGCAGCGACUUUCAGAUCACCACCUCCUCGCAGUGUGAUGAGCGGAAGCUGUAUGCCCGCAAGGAGGAUAUACUCCACGAGGUGCUGAACAUGCUGCCGCUGCUGAAGCCGGGCAACGAUGAGGCCAAACUCAUCUACAUGACCCUGAUUCCGGCCGCUGUCAAAGACACCAUGCAGCAGAUUGUGCCCACGGAGCUGGUACAGCAGAUCUUCUCCUACUUACUCAUUCAUCCGGCCAUAAGCAACGAGGAUCGACGAUCGCUUAACAUCUGGCUGCGACACCUCGAGGACCACAUUCAGGCAGCCGCCGCUGGGCUCACGAAUCGUAGCUACUUCCUGCAGCCAUCGCCACAGCUGGUGGCGGGCACCAGCUCCACGGGCAGCUCAUCGGCAGCUAGUUCCUCGGCCGCCUCCUGCUCGUCGGUGGCCUCUUCAUCGCUGAGCAACCUGGGGAGCAGCUUGUGCACCACCAGCACCACUAGCAGCUCGCGAUCGUCGCGCAGCAAUGACUGGCAAACGAUUGCACCGCCCAGCAAGCAGCAACAGCAGCAGCACAAGCUCACUGGCGGCGAUUGGCGUGGCAGCGGGGGCUCCAGCGGAUCGAUCAAUCCACUCUGUGAUAAUUUAAAUGGUAUUACCCUGAACGAAUUAGCUUCUAGUCAGAACAGCUUAGGCCUGUCGCUGGACAACAGCUCCUUGCUGGUUAACAGCGUCGUGGCGGGAGCAGCAGCGGGCUCAAUGCUUGUAAUCGGAGGCACCGACGACCAUGACACGUCCUUCAGCAAGAAUGGUACGGAAAUCAUCGACUUUGAGCCCCCCACUCUGGCAGAUGUUGGUGAGGCCAGCGGCAUAAGCAAUCUCUGUCAGCAGCCCUCCUCACAUCAUCUUCAACAACAGCUGCUGCAACCGCCUCCGUCAGGUCCACAGCUGCCCUACGCCUCGAUAUUGAUGGGCAAUGUGGGCGAUCAGUUUGGUGACAUCAAUCGCUGGAGUCUGGACAGCAAAAUCGCUGCUCUGAAGACGCGGCGAUCCAAUAGCUUGACAACUCAAACAAUUUCCAGCUGUUCAUCGUCAUCCAACUCCUCGGUGAUCACUGUCAACGACAACUGCUCCAAUUCCACGGAGAAUCUGGCACAGUUUGCCAACAAACCGAGGAGCUUUUCCCUCUCCAUUGAACAUCAGCGCGGAGCUAUGGCCAACAGUGGCUCGGAUACGCGACUGGAUGAGUUCAAGCCGGGUUACAUCAAGUUCCAGACCCGCAAUGUGGGCAUGUCGGGCAUAGGCCUCUGGCUGAAGUCUCUCCGACUGCACAAGUACAUUGAGCUGUUCAAGAAUAUGACCUACGAGGAGAUGCUGAUGAUUACUGAGGAUUUCCUCCAGAGCGUGGGCGUGACCAAGGGUGCCUCCCACAAGCUGGCCCUCUGCAUUGACAAGCUGAAGGAGCGCGCGCACAUUCUCAGCAGGGUGGAGCAGGAGCUGCACACCGGGCAGAUGAAGCUCAGUGCGGCUGUCGAGGAGCUCACACACAUUGUGCUGACGCCGAUGAAACCCGUAGAGGCCAUGGGGCCACCGGAGGAAAACAUUGGCCAUCGUUUCCUCAAGGUCAUCGACUUGGUCAGCAAUGCCGUUCAGGCGGAUCCCUACUGUAUCCAGGACGAUGAGACGAUGGGUGUAUUCAUGUGGAUUCUGGAUCGCUCUAUACAUAACGAGGCAUUCAUGAACCAUGCCAACCAACUCAAGGAACUCAAGUUUAAGCUGUCCAAGCUGAAAAUCUCCAUGGUCUCGAAGAUGCACCAUGUGAAGACUACCGGCGUACCCACUGGGGGCAACAUCAACAAACCCAGAUGGAAUGGCAAGAGUCGCAAGUGUGACACAAAGAAUGGCAGCAACGAUAGGAUUAACAAUCGCAAGAACUCCAACGACAUGUUGAAUUUCUCGCUGAACUGCCUGCAGCAUCCACUGCCGCAUCACCAGCAGCAACAACAGCCACCGCCACCGCCGCUCCAGCAAUUCGAGUACAACGGCUACGGCGGUCCGUCGCAUCAGCCACAGUAUAAGAGCUCUUCGUAUCCCAGCUUCAUGAACAAUCCUCAGCAGCAGCAGCAGCCACUCAAGUCGCAUCACCAUGCCCAGCAAAUGCAGCAGAUGCUGCAGCAGCACAAUCAUUUUCCUGCUUUGCCACAGCAGCCGGCACCGCAGACGCAUCGCCGCUCGCUGAACAACCUCAUUUUGGUGUCUGGUGGGCCACAGCAGCCGCAGCAAAUGAUCUUCAAGCCGGGCCAGGGAGUACUCACCAACAACAAUGGCUCCAACGACAGCCUGGUCAUGGAUUCAAGGAGUCAGCAGCAACAGCAGCAGCCACGCAAGCCCAGCCUUAACGGCCUGACCGGAAAUGGGAGUGUAAAUGGAGGAGUGUCCAGUUCGGAGCAGCAUCCAAAGAAGACCAUGGCCGCCGUGGUGAUGGUUAGUAGUAGUCAGAGUCAAGAGUCGCAACAGAGCGAUCAGCAGCAUACGCCUCAAAUUCUAAUCAACAACAACAAUAACAACAUACUGAACAACAAUUUGAUUAACCAGCAACAGCUGCAGUUGCUGGCGGCUGCUGCCGCUGCAGUCGGCAGUGGCAGCUGCCUAUGCCCAGGUCCUAGUGGUGGUGGUGGUGGCAGUAGUGGGGCCUGCAGCAAUAAUCUCUGCUUGCAGAGCAGCAAGAACAACAAUCACACUGCAGAUCAUUGCCUGUCCCAACCGCAGCGUCAGCUAAUCAGCCUGAGCAUGGCGCCGCACGAAUACAAAAUGAACGACUUCAAGAGCCUGGAACAGCUCGAGACGUUGUGCCGCCAAAUGACUGAACAGGCAAUGAACUGAGCCUCUGGGAUAAUUAUGUGGAACUUUGUGGCUGCCAGUAGUUUUUUUGUGUUCACUGCGUUUUGAAGCUUGAUUUCAUAAAACGAACAUGAAUGUGUUUUUAUAUCUAGUUCUGAAAAUUUGGCCAAAUUUGAUCAACAUUUUACGCUAUUCUAACAAAGACAAGCACACAAACACGACCCAAAACACAAGUCCACAGAUCCGAUACCCAAUCCCCCCCAAAGAAGACGACGAAAGAAAUGGUUUAUCUAGUAAAAAUUUACAUAAUGAACUCUGCAUCGUGACCAUGAGACUGACUAAGAUUACUUUUUCGCAACUAUAAACACUAGAAAGGAAGAAGGAGGAGGAGCAAGGAGAGCUGGAUAUGGAGGAGACGGACUGAGUAAUUGAGAAUUGUUUGAGCGAAUCAAAACCACGUUGCUUGCUGAAUGAAGUAGAACUCCCAUAAAUAACGGAUGUGUUUAUCUACAUAUACACAUGCACAUAAUUUAUUUUAAAUUUAAAGGAACAUAAUUGCUGAACACCGAGAACUACAAACAAAACCAAAAGCAAACCAAUCUUCGAAUAGGUUUCGAAAUGUUUCAAUGUUUUGUGUUUGUAAGUUGGUGAAUCGAUCGGAACUACAUAUUGUAUUUUGUAUUAAGUAAGGCGUAAACUAUCAUCCCAAUCCCCUCACCAUGUACCGUCGGACAACGUGUUGCACAUGCAGCCAGACGAACGUGCAUGAGAUCAUUGUCAUUAAUGUCUCCAUUGAUUCUAUACCUGUAACUCUACGAUUAAUGCUUAUGUUUCGCUUUAGUCAAUUGUUUAUUUGUAAACAUGGCAAGCCAAUCCAAUCGAUCGAUUUGUUAUGUUUUAGUUGUUUUUUUAGAUAUUUAUACACACGAGUAUAUAUUUACUACGUCUAUAGAUCGCAUCCUAAGCUUAAGACGGGCCAGAGCUGAACAC